CGACGCUACAAACUUUGUAACCCCCUGAUUUAUGCCAAUGCAUGCUAUGUUUAUGCUAUUAUUACAAUCGUGCUAAAGUAAAUAUUUUUCUUUAUAACUUCAGAUUUUCAAAUGUCUGAAUCUACGGAUAGUUUUAGUCAUACUGAAAAUAGUGUUAGUUCUUCUCAAAAUUCUACGAUUAGUAAACAGAAAAAGCCAACAUGUAUCAUUGUUCUUGGUAUGGCUGGGUCUGGAAAGACCACAUUUGUUAAACGUCUUGUUUCAGUAUUGUAUAACAUAGGAAAACCAUAUGCUAUAAAUUUGGAUCCUGCGUGCAGGGAAGUUUCUUAUCCUGCUAAUAUAGAUAUAAGAGAUACUGUCAAUUAUAAGGAAGUGAUGAAACAAUACAGUUUAGGCCCAAAUGGCGGUAUUGUUACUGCUUUAAAUUUAUUUUCUACAAAAUUCGAUCAAGUCAUAGAACUUAUCAAUAAAGCAAGUAAAGAUCAUGAAUAUGUAAUUUUGGAUACUCCUGGACAAAUAGAAGUUUUUACAUGGUCAGCAAGUGGAACAAUUAUAACAGAAGCUUUAGCAUCUGAGUUUCCAACAAUUAUAGUAUAUGUACUAGACACUGUGAGAAGUGUUAGCCCUGUAACAUUCAUGUCCAAUAUGCUCUAUGCAUGUUCCAUCCUUUAUAAAACUAAACUACCAUUUAUUGUUGCAAUGAAUAAGAUUGAUGUUGUGGAACAUAGUUAUGCAGUAGAUUGGAUGUAUGAUUUUGAAACAUUUCAAGAAGCUCUGGACUCUGAAACUAGUUACAUUAGUAACUUAACACGUAGUAUGGCUCUAACUCUUGAUGAAUUUUAUAGUCAUUUACGUAGUUGUGGUGUUUCUGCUGCUACAGGAGCUGGUAUUACUAAAUUUUUAGAACUUGUUAAGGAUGCUGCAGAAGAAUAUGAAAAGGAUUAUAAAAAAGAUUGGGAAAACAUGAAAAUUAAACGGGAAGCUCAAAGAAAACAAACAGAAAAAGAACAAUUGGAGAAAGCUGUACAGAAUGUUACUAAGGAAAGUGUACCAUUUGUAACAACAAUCAGUAGUGGAAGAGAAAUCUCAGAUGUAUAUUUAAAGCAUGCUGGUGAUGAAUCAAGCGAGGAUGAAGAAGGUACUGAAAAUGUAUUUAAACCAGAAGAAGAUGAGGAGGAAGAUAAGGAAGCAGAGUCCUUUAAAAAUUUUUUAAAUAGACAUAAGAUGGAGCAACAAAAACGUACAUCCAAUCAACCUACUACAAGUAGUAGUUCAUAAUCUGUAAUUAAAUACAAUAUUUAUACAUAUAUACAGAUAAAUUUCUUGAUGAACAAAUAACUUGUACAUUUAAUAUAAUAAAUGUUUUAUAUUUUAAAUCUUAUAAUAUUCUAUGACUACAUAUUUCAUGGAAAAGAAUAG